AUGAGUGAACCCGCAUCGUGUAGCAUUAAAAAUGUUCCGAAAGAUGUGCCCGGUAAGCAGCCGGGAGCGGAAAAUUCUUCGUUUUCCAACCUGAGUGAGGAGGGUUUUCCGGCGGGCCCAUCACUGAAAUCGCCUACACCGGCGGACUAUACCGCCAGCCUGAGCGAUGAUGAGCCGAAGACGCUUACUACGCUGGAACCGGUGAAGAAGCACGAAGGUGUAGUGGAGAAGAAAAGUGUUCCUGCUGCAACUGCUGCUGCUGCUGCUGCUUCAAAGACCAUUCCAAAAUCUUCAAACUCAGCUUCUUCGCUACCCGUUAGGAACGAGACGGUGAAACCCAAUAAAACACCCGACAAGGACACACAUCCGAGUGAGAGCAUCAUAGAAAAGAUGCGCAACAAGCUUAGCAAACAUAUCGAACGUAAAUCGCUAAACUCGACACCGGCUAGCCCGCCGCUGGACAUGAGCGGUGCAAUAGAGAUACCGCAGGAUCUAAUACUGAGUAACGACAUACCACAAACACCGAUCGCGGCACCCGACUCGAAGGAAAGCAAGCUGGACGAUCACGAUCUGAUCGCCAUCCUGGAAGGCAACGUGGUUGCUAUACGGGAAAAUGCGUCCGAGAUAGAGGUAUGCGUUGGUUCAGACGAGACAAAAGAUUCUGGCGGUGGUGAGAUGGAAAUUCUGUCCUUUUCCAUCAUCAACCCGGACGAGUUGCAGCAGGCAAAGAAGGAACGGGAAAUGGAAAUAGCUCGCCGACAGAUGGAAAGCUUACCGACCAUGCCGAAGGUCCGAAGACCUCGCAUUAAAACGAUGCCCAGAAAGGCAGACAGCUUGAAGCAGACCGAGGAGCGGUUGUGGCCGAUAGAGGUAAAGGAAAGUGUUGCUGCACCAGCUGCUAAAGAGAUCAAAUUGCCGCCCGGUGUGACGAUUAAAGGGCAGACCACGAUAAGACCUUUGGUGAAGAUACCGUUGGACAGUGGGUUGCCGAUCAAGAAGGAGCAACAACAGUCGGCAGAAGCGGUGAAAGCGAUGAUAAGCAAGAAUUUAAAAGAAAAAUUAUCGAAAGAUAUGAAAGCGGUCAGCGUGACGGUGAAGAAGUCAGUGUCAAAAUUGGAUGUCUCACAACCCAAAAAAUCGCAACUAGUAGAUUCGCUCGUUUCCGACUGGGAUGAUGAGCCGGGAUCGGGACAGCGUCCGGAUGAAGUAGAUGGGAUGCUAGCGCCACAAACACAGGAAAAUCCUAUGCCUACAAUAGUACCCUUGAACGCUAAACUGCAGGACACAGACCCACCAGAAGAUCAGAAUCAAUUUAUUCUACCGGUAGCACCAGCUGCCGAACCGAAGCGCGCGAUUAAGCGCAAAAUUAUAUGGGAUCCAUCCGAUUCGACCGUACCGUUUGCAAGUUUGGUGAAAUCCAAGCGUGCACAGUCAGCAAAUAUAAAAGCAGACCAGAAUCCACCCCCCGGUUUGGCACCAUUACGACGCAAGCGGGCGGAUUCGGUAGCGGUGCGUAUGAUCGACGGUACGCCACAGUUUAGUACGAUUGGUCCGGUUCGACAGCGUGCGAAAACUCCCGAGCUGGGACAGAUGAUCGUACGGCAGGUCCCACCGAAGGUCGAGGAGUUAGUCAAUGAUCCGAAAGCAAAGAAAAGGAAGAAGAAUGAAAUUGAACGGCUGCUUGGAGACGAGGGCGCCAUCAAUAUGCUGUACGAUGUGGAGUGUGAAACGAACCGGAAAGAUCUCCUCAAAGAAACCGAAGUAGAUACAAGCGAUGAGGACGAAAAAUUGCUUGCUAAAACGAAAAUCAUAACCGAUGCAGUUAUCAAUCAGGGUAAAUCGCCAAACGAGUCGUCAGCGCAGGGUUUGCGGAUUAGGACAAAGCGCUCGACUACACCGAUGGGUCAAGCGGGAACGGUCACAACCACCAGCCCACAACAGCAGCAUAGCACCAAAGCGUCCAGUUCGUCACCGAGUUCGGUGACUAGCGUCACGGCGGAAGCGAUGAAAAAACCCUCAUCGAAUGGGACUGCCACCACUGCAAACGUUCCACCGAUAACCGGAGCCCGCAAACGUAAAAUGACGGCAACGGCCGCCAGGGAGUGGGAAUACGUUUACAAUGCUCAACGCAACGACGAUGCGAUGAUCAUACGGCGAAGGUCCAACAGUUCCUACUCGAGCGGUGCUGCCAGUCCACGGCGUUUAAGUUUCGACCAGACGAACGAGCCAGCAGCUGGCUUUGGGUCAGAAAACUCAUCUACCUCGCCCCAAAACGCUACCCACGAACAACCAGCCGCCAACCGGAAGCAGAAGGAUGGAGCGUUUCCGUUUGCAAAACCUCCCGCCAAAAAUGAGUCCCAGUCGAAGGGUACGAAAGCAUCCGGAGCAACGACAUCGGAGGAGAUUAAAUUUAACCCUUCGCUGGUGGCCAACAUGCGCGGCAAGCUUACCAAGGUCCUGAAGGGUAUGAAGGGUGCUGUCCCAUUGGCCACGAGCACACCCGGUCAAGAUGUACCGGUACAAAAUGCGAAAAAACAACCGAUUAAACGUAAAGCACCACCGGCGCUCAGUUCGGUCGAUGUGGUGGAUUCUUCCGAUGCAAGUACGAUCGCUAAAUCACCAACAGCGAAUGAGGCGGACUUGGAAAAACAGUUGGAUCAGUUGAAGCAGAUAUCGUGCGUCAAGCAGCAUGGCAACUACGCGGAGAUUGUGCUAGCGGCUAAAGGUAUCGAAAAUCGUGACGCAGGAGACCCCUUGAUGGAUGUGUUUUCGUUCGACCUGUUGACUGGGCUGACCAACAUGUUGACGAUGCUGCAGCGCGAUGAAUCCGUCCGUGCCGUACUGAUACGAUCGUCUGGUGCACACUUUAGCCGCGGAAUAGACGUCGGACACCUGAUACAGCCAAUCGAAAAACGUCCGGAAAUAGUCGAAAGCAUGAGUGUAUGUUUGAUGAAGUUCCUGAAAGCGUUGAUCGGUUUCACCAAACCGAUCGUUGCGGCCGUACACGGAGAUGUGCUCGGUAUGGGCGUAACGAUAUUGCCCCUGUUCGACCUUGUAGUCGCCCAGAUGGGUAGCAGCUUCACCGCACCGUACGGACAUUUCGGAUAUCUGCCCGAAGGCAUCGGAGCGUUCACCAGCUGUCGAACGCUAAAAGGCAAAACGGUGGCGGAUCUGUUUUUGUUGGGCAAACGUUUGACGGCUACGGUAGCGUUGGACUAUGGGCUGGUAACGGAAACGGUUCCACCGGAACGGUUCGAAGAGCGUGCACGUUCGGUCGCACGAACUGUCGCCAACCAAUCCGUCCAAGCCAUGCAAACUAUAAAGCGACAUCUACGCCGAGAUCUUGUGACCAAGAUGGGAUCGCUGCUAAUGAUGGAGCAAAAACGCCAAGCCGAACAGUGGUGCACGGCCGAGUGUCAGCAAAAGUUUAAGCUGUUCGUUUCGAAGGGAGGAGAGCUUUAA